UGGAAUUUUUAUUCUCCUUUCCAUAAGACCUUUUAACCUUUCUUUGAAAUUUAAAAAGUAAGGAAGCGAUCUGGCCCACCACCAUUGAUCGCGACAACCGAGGAAAAAGAGAGAGAAAAAAAGCCACAAUUGCUGUAACUUAUUCAACAAGCAACACAGGAGGAAUGUAUGAACCAGGAAACCCUGAACUAUCAUGUAAAAAGCAAAGUAACAUGGGUGAUAUAAACCCCAUUCAACAAGUUGCCAACCAUCCUACUUUCUUACCAGUACCCCUUCGCUUGACAAUGUCAACCUUUGGUUUGAAACAUGAUUGCAGCUUAGAUAGACCAAACCACCCUUUGAGUCACUUGAAAGGACAAGCUUUUAAUGGAUAUGAAACUGGUGCUUCCAGUUUAUUCACUGAUGUCCGUGGGAAGAACAUUAGUUCUCCCAUGGACAUGAAGCAGAUUGGUGAGAUGGUUCAUUCUCCUCAACAGGCUUCUGCUUCAACUGUCACCAAAUGCUCUAGUAUAGAUGGAUUUUCUCUUGUUGGAUCUUUAGAUGGUGAACAAGUACAGGAUUCAACUUUGCAGAUCCCACAUCUUCUAGAGAUGAUUCCUAAAGUCCCAAAUAAUCUACCCAGCCUGGACAUGGAAUAUCACCAACCAUAUGUGCAGUCUGAUAAGCCUGAUGAGGCCAAUGAACAAUGUUACAUCAGUGAAGAAGUUGAAUGUUGUAAUUCAACAGCAGCAGGGAUUCAAUGUAGGAAGAUUAUUCCCCCAUCAGGAAAAUCACACUUAUUUUGUGCUGCUUCAGAGGAUUCUGGGCCUUUUUCUAGUUCCAACGGACAUGCUCCAUCAAGUAAUCUGUUGUGUUUUUCUGUUCAGCAUAAGAUUUUAUGCGCAUAUAUCAAUUACAAGAGUUCCAUGGUGCCCAUAGGGGAUUGUCAAGUUUCUUUUGUGAAUUAUCUGCAUUCAAAAAUAUGUAAUGCUCACAUGUGUAGAUGUGAACGUUUCUACCUACUCCUAUCUCACUUUGAUAACUGUCACUCAGUUGAGUGUCAUGUUUGUGGACCUGUUCGAUGUCUAUGUGGUACUGGUAAACUUUACCACGAAUUUAAUAAAACAAAAUGGAAUUUCAAUGAUAGAGAUUUUGGUGAGCCUAACUUCAGAAUGGACUGCAUAGAACCUUCAUCAAAGCGUCUGAAAGCAGAAAAAAAAUUUUGCCCCAGUUCCCAUGAAAUCAAAUUUUCUUCUUCUUGGGAUCCAAUGAAGGUUCAACCUUUUUAUUCUGGAGCACUUCCACCCUUGCAGCAAUGGCCUGAUUCUCCUAUAUCUAUUAAUUCUGAGGUCAGGGAGGUGGACAGGGAACUGUUGAUGAACACUGUACAAGAUUCUAUUAUUGAUGGAGAGAAUGGGAAAGAUGUUGCUGGCAAUUGGUGCAGGUUGAAUGCCCAGAGUGUUUUGACUCCCCAGGAGCAUAGUGUUGGUAGUAAAGUGAAGCAGAUGGACCUUGUUAAUGAAAUUACACAGACUGAUUCUAGCGGGGUAAGCAUCAGCACUGAGCCUGUUCUCAGAGAAGAGCUUAAUUCUCAUUGUAAAGGGGAUGUACCAAUCUGGUCUCUUGAUCAGAACAAGGCAAAGAUUGAAGAUGAACUUGUUGCACCAAAAAAUAAUAUUGGAAUUCAGCUAAAGUCACAGAAUCCCAGGAUAAAGGGUGUUUCUUUAAUUGAAUUUUUCACUGCAGAACAGAUAAGGGGGCACAUAUCAAGUCUUAGGCAGUGGAAUAAUCAGGUUUUUACAUCAUCUUGA